ACAUUGGUGAAAACGGCAUUUGUCCACACACAACGAGCAAUGCAUGGUUUGGUGCCAAUAACUUUCCGAUACCUAUUACGCCUCUAGCCUAUAUAUCAGCAGCCAAGAAGACCCAAGCAGAAGUGUGCAGCUAUACGUAUGAGACUUGCAUUUGUGCAACUAACAAGAGCACACACUCAAGAGAGGCCGGGGCGAGAUGCGAAGGCUAGAGGCGGUCCUUGCCGCAUGGCCUUGCGCCAUGGCCACAGUGGUGGUGCUGCUAGCUCUCGCGACGGGAGUCGCGCCUGCGGCCACCGAACCAAAGCAUGACGACGGUGCCGUCGUCGUCGUUUCGUCGACGAUCGGCACCACCGCAUCACCGUCGUCGACCGCCAUGAACGUCACCGCGAUCUGCCAGACGACGCCGUACCCGAGCGCGUGCGAGACGGCGCUCUCGUCGUCGUCGUCGCCGGCGCCGCCACCAGGCGGCUCAUCAUCAUCAUCCAGCAGCAGCGCCGCCGACCCUUUCGCGGCGUCCGUGCAGUACGCGAUGGCUCGGGCCUUGUCGGCGCGCGCGGUGGCGCGGAACGUCUCGGCGGCGCAUCGUCGUCGUCCUCCUCCCCGCGGCGCCGCGCAUCGUCCGCCGCCGGGCGUGCAGGACUGCGCCGAGCUGCUCGACAUCAGCCUGGACCAGCUGGGCGACGCGCUCGCCGCCGCGGGCGCGGGGGGCGGCGGCGGCGACGCGGACGGGGUCACCACGUGGCUCAGCGCCGCGCUGACGAACCAGGCCACGUGCGGCGACAGCCUCGCGGCCGACGCGGACACCGCGGGGCGCGACGCCGUGCGCGCGCGCGUCUCCGCGCUCUCCCAGUUCAUCGCCACCGCGCUGGCUCUGCACGUCAACAAGAUCAAGGGUCACGAGAGCAGCAGCAGCAGCAGAAGCUCACCGUCCGGCUCCUCGUCGCCGUCGACGCCAGCAGCGACGACGACGGCGUUCCCGUCCUGGGUGACCCAACAGGACCGGAACCUCCUGGAGUUCUCCGCGGGAGCGAGUGGUGGCGCCAUCGUGGCGGACGCAGUGGUGGCGCUGGACGGCAGCGGGACGCACCGGAGCAUCAACGAGGCGAUCGCGGCCGUCACCGGCGGCGGCGGUGGCAGCAGCGGGAGGAAGGUGAUACACGUGAAGGCCGGGAGGUACGAGGAGAGCGUGAGCAUCUCGAGCAAGCAGAAGAACGUGAUGCUGAUGGGCGACGGAAAGGGGAAGAGCGUCAUCGUCGGCCACAAGAGCGCCGGCGAAGGCUACACCACCUAUGCCUCCGCCACCGUCGCUGCGAUGGGGUCGGGCUUCAUCGCCAAGGGGCUCACCAUCCUCAACACCGCCGGAGCAGGGAAGGGUCAGGCGGUGGCGCUGCGCGUCGGCGGCGACCUCUCGGUGGUGUACCAGUGCGGCAUCCAGGCGUACCAGGACACGCUCUACGUCCACUCGGGCCGGCAGUUCUACGCCGGCACCGACAUCGCCGGCACCGUGGACUUCAUCUUCGGCAACGCCGCCGUGGUGCUGCAGAGCUGCGACAUCCAGGCGCGGAGGCCGAGCCCGGGGCAGGAGGACACGGUGACGGCGCAGGGCCGGACGGACCCGAACCAGAACACCGGCAUCUCCAUCCACCGGUGCAGGGUCACCGCCGCGCCGGACCUCGCCGGGACGGCGACGCCGGUCUACCUCGGCCGGCCGUGGCGGAGGUACUCCCGGACCGUCGUCAUGGAGAGCUUCCUCGACCGGUCGGUCUCGCCGGCGGGGUGGCUGGAGUGGUCCGGGCAGUUCGCUCUCAGCACGCUGUACUAUGGGGAGUACGGCAACACCGGGCCUGGCGCCGGGACCAGCCGGCGUGUGACGUGGCCUGGAGUGCACACGUCACUGUCCAGGUCGGAUGCCGUGAGGUUUACCGUGGCGGAGUUCAUCGUUGGAGACGCGUGGUUGGGUGGCACUGGAGUGAACUACAUUUCAGGACUGUGAGCUGAGUGUCCGUACGCAUAUAUGCGUGUGUACGUACGUAUAACGUAUUCGGUGUUCGGGGACCGAUUAACUUAGGUCUCGGAUGAACCAAAAAUUUUAAUGAAUAAAUAAAUGAUGAUGAAAAAAAGUUGAAACACAACUGUCACGUCGUGGAAGCC